AUGCAAAAGGACGAAAACACAUUUCUGAAUGUUUGGGAAUCGUUCUUGACCCCUAGGCUCCUUUUUUCUUAUCGUAACACCACUAAAAACCAAAUUGCUUUGAUAGUUUAUCAACCCAACCUUGUUUCUAGACAAUUUGGUCUAAUCCAAAUCAAACCUCAACCUAUAUUCCCCCAAAAGGGGUCCAUCAUCUUUUAUAACUCCCUUCACACUGAAGACGAAGGCAAAGAGCUGUCGAAGAAACUAGCUGAUGCUUCUCUCGACAUUCGACCAGUUAUUUUUCGACCAUCAUUCUUAUGCACUCCUGAGUUUGAUGAAUGGUGGAAGGAUUAUUAUUCCAACAAAUUUUUUGACGUAGCUGCUUUUGCUACACAUUUGACAAAUGCUUUCGCUUUUGUGCAGGAUCGGACCAAAAAAGCCGUGAAGAUCCCUGCUAAGAAAGCUGCUGUCGAAGCGUCGCCCAGUACUGCUAAGAAGCCUUCGACAAAGGUAAGUCGAAAACCCUCAACAAUCCAAAAGAAGAAGAGUGAAGAGGAGAGAAAAGAGGAUAAAGUCCCUAGUGAAGAGUCUGGUGAUGAAUCUCCAGAGUUAAUCCCUCCCCCUCAGAAGAAAAAGAAACUCACGAAGGUCUCUUCCCAAAGGUCCAUUGUUAACCCAAUCAGGAAGGAUUCUGCCAGUACUUCUCCUGCCAAGCCUCAGUCGAAAGAUAUGGGGAGUGGGAAAUCCGGUUUUAAUACUGAAAUUCCUGAGGAACAAGUGGCUGUCGAAAAAAACGCCUGAGAAAAAUUUGGAGGAAACAGCCCCAGAGGAAGAUGUCCCCACAAGUGAC